GACACGUUGAACUGCUAACAAAGCCAUUUACCCCUAAUUUUUUGGCCCAGCGCAGUCUGUCAGUCUGUCGACAACCACCAUCAUCUUCCGUCUGUCUUGCCAGCUUCAACGUGUCAACCAACGCGCUGGUUUCCCCUGUCUGUUAUUCCAUUUCAAGCCGCAGUUGUCAGCCACGGCGCCCUCUUCCUCAGCACUGUUAUCCUAAUCCUGCCACUUGUCGAGAUGUCUUCACCAAUGAAUCCGAUCCGGAGAAAGAAGAAUGUGAAGAAGGGCAUCCAGUUCUGUCUCAUGGUGUGCGGUGCCAGCGGAACCGGCCGGACUACAUUCGUCAACACCCUCUGCGGCAAGCGAGUCCUUCAACCCAAGGAUGCCGACGAUGCAGCCAAUGCCCACCUGGAAGAAGGUGUUCGGAUCAAGCCGGUGACAGUUGAGCUGGAGUUGGACGAAGAAGGUACUCGUGUCUCAUUGACCAUCGUGGACACGCCUGGCUUCGGAGAUCAGAUCGACAAUGAAGCCUCUUUUGGCGAAAUCGUUGGCUACCUCGAGAGACAGUACGACGACAUUCUCGCCGAAGAGUCUCGUAUCAAGCGUAACCCUCGAUUCCGCGACAACCGUGUGCAUGCCCUGCUUUAUUUCAUCACACCCACCGGCCAUGGACUUCGCGAACUCGACAUCGAACUGAUGAAGCGUUUGUCUCCACGUGUUAAUGUCAUCCCCGUUAUUGGCAAGGCCGAUUCCCUGACCCCUGCCGAAUUGGCCGAGUCGAAGAAAUUGGUCAUGGAGGAUAUUGAGCAUUACAGAAUCCCUGUCUACAACUUUCCCUACGACAUCGAGGAGGAUGACGAAGACACUGUCGAGGAGAAUGCGGAGCUUCGUGGACUGAUGCCUUUUGCCAUUGUUGGAUCAGAAGAUGUGCUUGAGAUUGGGGGUCGACGUGUUCGAGCACGACAAUACCCUUGGGGUGUGGUUGAAGUGGAUAACCCUCGUCACUCGGACUUCCUGGCCAUUCGCAGCGCUCUUUUGCAUUCCCACCUUGCCGACCUCAAGGAAAUCACCCACGACUUCCUGUAUGAGAACUACCGUACGGAGAAACUCAGCAAGAGUGUGGAUGGAGGCCUCUCGGGUCAAGACUCGUCGAUCAACCCCGAAGACCUGGCCAGCCAGUCGGUGCGCCUGAAGGAAGAACAACUGCGACGUGAAGAGGAGAAACUACGCGAAAUCGAAGUCAAGGUGCAGAGAGAGAUCAAUGAGAAGCGACAAGAACUGCUGGCGCGGGAGAGCCAACUCCGGGAGAUCGAGGCCCGGAUGCAACGAGAACAGAGCCAGUCAGUGGAUGACCUCAACGGCCACGGCCACCAAGAGGCAUAAAAUCGAUGACAUCAGCCGACCGAGCGGUGUCUUUGUUCUUGCGGUGUCAUGCAGGCAUGGAUAAAAGUGAGACAGACUCGUGUUCAUUCGUCUCAGGUCGGCGUCGGCUUACUGAAGGUGAGGCUGCCACAACACAGGCGGUGAAGCAUUCAGGGUUGUUUGUUAGAUGCUUGAUUCUCCCGCUUGAAGGGAUGGUGGAUCUGGAGCAGUAGAGUAGCAACAUUCUAAUCAGCGCGGUCUCCAUGGACCAAAGAUUUCUUUUGAGCGAGCAACUUCAACUCUUGAUAGAAACUGGUAAUUGUUCAGUCCAGAGCUUGUUGCCCAGGUUCAAGUCUCCUUUUCCCUUGACGCCUCGCGGCUGAUUCGUCUGUGCCUGAGGAGCCGGUGACCCGAUGCAUAUUUUCAGGUUACACAGCAGGGGGGGCGGGAGCUUAAGAGGAGACAAGCGUGGGGUACAUAUCAAGUGCAUACUACUAGUAGUACCUCGAACAGCAGAUGCAGAAAGAGAGCGGGUGGUAUGUAGAGAUUGGAUGGUUCUUCCAGUUUGAAUGCGGCUGCUGCAGUGGCCCUGUACAGCUGGCGGUGUCAGGCACUGCACUGCAGGGUAGCAGUAGGUAACUGAACACGCCAAAUAACAGGUGAACAGGUCACGGUGUUGCAGGUGCGUAUAGAGGCCGGGGAUGAUUCGGGGGCGGCGGAAGCUCAAAGUUGCGGGCGCAGACGCAGCCGCAGAUGCAGUUGGUUACAGGGGCCGCGCAGCUUUCGCGGAGGCGGGGCAGACAAUCAAUAAUCAAUCGAUGACACCGCGAUGUCACUGCAGCCUGUGGCAGGCCAGGAAGGAAUCUCAUCUCAUUCACAAUUCACCGCGCCAGCCAUCGAACUUGAACAAGCAUUUAAAUCGCGCACUGCAGUGUGACCCUGACCCUGACCAGCCUAUGGCCUCUUGAUUCAUGAUCACUGCAGUCUGGGAUGGUUGGGUCUGCAUAUGUGCAUGUACAGUACUACCACUGCAUUAUUCUUUUUCCUCGGCCUGGAGGAUCUGGGGUCUGUUUUGUACAGUGCCUUUGGGAGCUGAACAUGAAUGGAUAUUCUAGCACCCUGAACUUGAGGCAGAUAACAUUGCAUGGUGCCGCUUGCCCCGAUGUGAAUCCCUUUAGCCUGGGGUGCAAGCUCAUCAACCCUGGCCGGUCAGGAUCAGUGUAGUGGCCUGUGGGAUGGAGGGUGUGCAGCGCAUCUUUUAUGCAUCGAUAGUAUCUCUAAUUCACCUCUCCUCGUCCC